AUGGACUAUUCGAUGGCUGUGUUCCUGGUAUUCGUCGUGGCCCUGUGCCUGGGCCAUAGUGCGUGGGCAGCUCCCUCGGUGGAGGAUUUGGCCCAGUUCGGAGAGCUAGAGAAAACCAUCAAGGAGCUCACCAACUCGAUCUUGGCCAUGAGCGGCGAUGUCAUGGGAAACAGGAACUCCAACAGCGUGUGGACCGAAGACCUGCAGGCCUAG